AUGACUCAAGAAUCAGCUUCUCAAAAGCAACCAGAUUCGCCUAUGUCUGGCCUUGAUACACCCCCUGAGGCUAUUAUAGCAUUGCCUCUGGAGUCGCUAAAGACGAUAAAUAAGAUCAGAAUAUUUCUGCGUCCUUUCUCUUUAAUUGUAUUUUCUGGUGCUCAGAUCUUGGAUAUUCUCAAUGUAACCGGAUUAAUGUUUUCCACCCGAACCAUUGCUGAAACUUACGGUGUUAGUAUCGAUACUGCUAGUUGGGUCAUCUCGGCAUAUUCGUUGACUUAUGGAUCAUUUAUUCUAAUGGGAGGUAGAUUGGCAGAUUACGUCGGUCAUAGGCUAGUUUUCACCGUUGGAAUGACUUUGGUUGCGCUUUGCUGUCUUGUCGGUGCUGUCAGCCACAAUAUUUAUGUUCUCUUCGUGUUUAGAGCUCUACAAGGAGUUGGGGCAGCCUUAACCAUCCCUACUUCGUUCGCUCUAGUGGCCCAUACUUUUACAGGACGCACACAGGCAAUUGCCUUUGCAAUUGUGGGCUCAUGCGCUGCAAUGGGCGGAAUCGUUGGUGUUCUGGUGGGUGGUGGAUUCGCUGGAACCAGUAUUGGUUAUCAUGGUUUGUUAUACCUUUCCUUUGGAUUAUCCUGCUUCUUCUUAUUUAUGCCCUUUUUCUCUGUUGAGGAAACUCCGACCAAUAAAGAAAAGCUCAACAAACUUGAUUGGGUUGGUUCGAUUAUUAUUGUCUGUGGAGUAAUUCUUGUUGUCUUUGGUUUUACCAGUGCUCCAGGACGAUGGAAAUCAGCUCGUGUUAUUGCUCCAAUUAUUAUUGGUGUUCUAUUGAUUGCCUUUUUUGCUUACUAUGAGACUUUCUUAGCCGAAAAGCUGUUCAAUUUUGAGCCUUUGUUACCUCGCUACGCAUGGUCAUUUCAGAACCUUGCAGUUGUAUUUGCAAUGUCUCCGCUAGUAUUUGCUAAUUUAUUUGUGGUCCUUUUCGCGGGAUCCAAUGAAAUGACAGGACUCAUGGGACUUUCGCCAAUGCACUCCGCUGUUAACUUUAUCUCUCUUGGAGUCUCAUUUAUUAUUGCCUGCGUUAUCGGGGGUGCCUCGUACGGUAAAAUCCCUUCUAAGAUCCUACUAGUUGCUGGACCACUUUUAAAUAUCAUUGCUGCCGCCUUGAUGGCACACAUUGAUAAUCAUAGCUAUUGGAGAUUUCUAUUUCCUGCCACUAUCUUUAUUUCUUUUGGCUGUGGCUUCUUCAUGGCUACCUUUAUCAAUGUUGUGAGCAAUUCUGCUCCACUGGAUCACCAAGGCCUAGUGAAUGGUAUCUGUCAGACCGGUGGUCAGCUUGGAGUUGCGAUCAGUUUGGCAAUUGCAACCAGUGAAAUGGGUGAUGGCCUCAAAGCUUCGUCCUUCCAGGCAACUUAUUACACUCUGCUUGCCUAUUCAGCUCUUGCGUUUUUGAUUGGUAUCAUCUUUAUCAAGUCAGAUCAUCCCAAUGUAGGUCAGCAAGCUGAAGCUAAAUUAGUUGAUGAAGAGGUUUUGGAUGAGAAGAAUCUGCCUGAAACUACAAAUGAGGUGGCCUCAGUAUAA